GCCGCACGGAGCGAUGACGUCGCCGCUCGCGCCUGCGAUGGGCUACUGCUGCCAAUGACCGCCUGGCGCGCGGCCCUUUAAACGCGGUCUGCCCCGGGGCUGGGCCGGUGUCGGAGGUUUCCUGCUGAAAGGCCUUUCCUGGUCGGUUCCGAGGGGACAGGGUGAAGGGCAAGGUCAAAGGUCCCCUUGGGUAGGGAUCCGGGAGCUGUGGUUCCGGCUUGAGAGUGUCUGUAAAAUAGCGAUCCAGUCGAAGGAAGUGGCGUUGCUGUUGGCAUCCUGCGGCUGUCCGUCUCCCCAGUUCAGCGUACGCUCCCUGGGGCCCGCAGCCGCCUCAUGAAGCCGCUGGAAGGGCGCGAGAAAGGCUGUUGAAAGAAUAAACGACCGAGUAAGGUCCAGUGGAAAUGGCCAGGUGUCUCUGAAAUCCGUGACAUGCUGGAUUUAAGCCACAAGUGGGAGAAGCGCCCAGCUCCACACUUCCACAAAUAUGCCCCAGCCAGGUGGCCAGCCACAGAGGGCUCAGCCUGAGCAUGGCAGAGGAACGGCACGGGACCUGGUUCGGCUUCGGUUUCUGUGGCUUUGGGCAAGCGCUGGGCUCUGGGAACUGGCGCCAUUCGGUACACAGCCCCGAACCACUGAAUACCAGUGAUGACGUUUGCCGUGUGAGUGCUAGCUGGAGCUACACUGCCCUGGUGACCCGUAGAGGCCGGGUAGAGCUGUCAGGUUCUGUGAGCAGCGCAGCAGAAGGCUGCAGGGACGCGUGGGCUUCGGAGGAACUCCUGGUGCUACUGCGGGACAAGGGUGGUUUCAACACCGAACUGCAGGCCUGGCCACCAGGCUCCGAGCUGCAGGGGGAGCCUCUCUGGGUCCAGAACCUGGUUUCUGGAGCAGAAACCCAAGGAAAAGACGAACCUAGCAGGGAGGCCAGAGCAAGGACUCUGCCGCUGCUGCCCAGCGCCCGUGCCUAUGUGAACCCACAGCCACCCUUCUGCAAGCCUCUGGCCCCAGAGCUGCGGGUGCGCCAGCUGGAGCUGGGCGCUGAGCAUGCGCUGCUGCUGUGCGAAGCUGGCCAGGUGUUCUCCUGGGGUGGGGGCAGGCAUGGGCAGCUGGGCCACGGCGCGCUGGAGGCGGAGCUGGAGCCAAGGCUUCUGGAGGCACUGCAGGGCCUGCGGAUGGCUGAGGUGGCUGCGGGUGGCUGGCACUCUCUGUGUGUGAGUGAGUCUGGGGAUAUUUAUAUCUGGGGCUGGAAUGAAUCAGGGCAGUUGGCCCUGCCCAGAAGGAACACAGAAGAGGAGAGGAAAACCGUGAGGGACACGGAAUUGAGUGAAGAUUGUCUCGAAGGAGCAGCAGCAGCCCUGGGUGAUAUUGGUGCUCCUGCCCACUUCAUAGCCAUCCAGCCCUUCCCAGCUCUACUGGAUCUUCCCCUCAACUCGGAUGCAGUCAAGGCCAGCUGCGGAUCCCGACACACAGCCGUGGUGACACGAACAGGAGACCUCUAUACUUGGGGCUGGGGCAAAUAUGGACAGCUUGGCCACAAGGACAGCACCAGCUUGGAUCGACCCUGCCGUGUGGAAUACUUUGCAGAAAAACAACUCGAAGUAAGGGCUGUUACCUGUGGACCCUGGAAUACCUAUGUCUAUGCAGUGCAAAGAGAGAAAGUCUGAUAUAUGCCAGGUGGAUGCCCAGCCACUUAAGCUGUGGGGGUGAGAAUGAACUCUUGCAAAUUAUGCAAAGUAUGCUGUCACAGGCGCAUGGAAACAAAUUCUAAGUUUUGUAACAGGACCCUUGCAUCCUAAAUGCUGGGAUUAAAAGUGCAUGACAUUUAAAAAAUUUCUAAAACAAAGGAUAAAGAUAAAUCUUACAAAAGAUCUAAAUAUAUAUAUAUAAAUUAAAUGUUUAUUUUUGGAGCAGUGCCAGGGAUCAAAACCCAAGGCCUUCCAUCAGUAAUGGAGCUUAGCCCAGAAGCUUUAAAUAACUGCAAAAUAAAAUACUGAAACAUGAAAAUAUGUGUAAAUAAAGUGGUAUUACCCAAAUGAGA